GGCUUAAAUUUUGAGGGCUGAGGCGGACACGGGGCUAUGAUUGGUUGAUUCCCCUCCCCACCGGAAACGGGGUUAAACUCAAAGGAUGCCACGCCUCUAUUGGCCGAUCCGCGAUAACAGGGCGGAAAUGAUGCUCUGAUUGGCUCGAUCAGCGGCCAGGAGGCGGGACUCCGGACGCCGAUUGGCCGAGGCGGGCACCGAGGCGGAAGUGGCCAGAGCGCCCGGCGCCGCGUGUCUCAGUGUGCGGGGAGGCCGGGAUGGAGGCGUCGGAGGCGGGGCCCCGGCUGCCGGAGCAGCUGAUGUCCGACCUGCCCCCCGCGCUGGCCCUGCUGGGAUCGCUCCAGGAGCAGGUUGUCGGGGUCACAGCCCAUGUCCAGGGGCUGCUGCAGAGGGUCCGGGCUGGCGCCUUCCGCACAGAGAAGGGGCUGAGUUUCCUGGAGCUGAAGGCCCAGCUGCUGCUCUUCUAUCUGCAGGACCUGGCCCAGCUGGUGCUGGAGAAGAGCUUGGGCCGGUCCCUGGCGGCCCAGCCGGCCGUCCUGCGCCUGGUGGAGCUGCGCACGGUGUUGGAGAAGAUGCGCCCCAUUGAGCACAAACUCCGGUACCAGAUUGACAAGCUGGUGAAGGUGGCUGUGACGGGCGCCGUGGGAGACGACAAUCCGCUGAGAUUCAAACCAGAUCCCAGGAACAUGAUGAGCAAGGUGAGCGACGAGGAGGAGGCGGACGCCACUGAGGGCAAAGCUGCUGGGAAGAAGCCCCUGGGCAAAGGAGGGGACCGGAAAUACGUCCCACCCCGGCUGGUCCCGGUGCAUUAUGACGAGACGGCGGCCGAGCGGGAGAAGGAGGCCCUGGAGCGGGCGAAGAAGCGAGCGCUGAGCAGCUCCGUCAUUUGGGAGCUGAAAGAACAGUUCUCGGAGGCGCCGGAGGAAAUCCGAGAGGGGCGCUACCUGCACGCGACCCGGCAGAGCCAGGAGGAUGAGCACAGGCGACGCUAUGAGGAGGACAUGCUGGUAAGGCUGAACAUGAGUCGGCGGGACAAGGCCCGGCAGCGCCACGUGGCCAUGCUGGGGGCCCAGCUCCACUCCGUGACCCACUUCGGCGACAUCAGCGCCCUGAGCGGGGCAGCGCCCCCCACUGGAGAGGCGCUGAGCCCCCAGCGCAAGAGGAGGAAGAUGAGCGCAAAGAAGGGGCGGAAGAAGGGUUUCCGGAGGUGAUAACGGGGCAACGUUGCCCCCCAUGGAGUGACCCCCACCCCGCCCAGCAACUCUCCCAUGCGGACAGUGUGAGACAAUAAAAUCAGCCCCUGAACAUC